UUAUCUAUGCUCUAUAUUUGUCAAUCUAAGGUCAUAUUUCGAAAUGUGGCGAUAAACACUAUAUAAUCAAUCUGUCGCAGACUAAAACACCAAAAAGACAUCAACAUGUUGACAGUGGCAAUCGUCUCUGCUUGCAUUGCUCUUUGCAGUAGUGCAACGUGGCAGAUUCCUCAUGGUCACGACCUGAAGGUGAUAGUUGAUAACGGUUUCAAAGCAUUUGAUACAAACCACGAUGGUGUACUGUCAUUUCAGGAGCUUGAAAUUGUGUAUCAAAAAGAGGAUUUGAAUCACGAUGGUAAUCUUACACUAGCUGAAUAUGCAAGCUACUGGCAUACAACACAAGAUGUUCUCGCCCCAAUAUAUAAUGUGUGGGAUAAAGAUGGUGACGGCUAUGUGCAGCCAGACCAUAUGCUUGACUACAAGCAUUUGCUCGACCCAAAUGGUGACGGCACUGUAAGUCUACACGAAUACGAGCAUUACAUGACGGGGUUCCUUGAGUGUGUUUAUGGUCAUGGUGAACACGGACAUGGACAUAACUGUGAUCACUAGUCCUACCACAAGAUGCCGCAAUGUGUUCUCAUAAGUUAUAAUAAAACAAUCUAUUUCAUGCA